AUGAGACAGGAUUUUGUGCAAGGACUUUCGAUACUGUCGCGUGGUUCAGUGGAGGAAAAAUUACGCUGGACAUUUUCAUUGUACGACAUCAAUGGCGAUGGCUUUAUUACGAGGGAGGAAAUGACUGAUAUUGUGACUGCCAUAUACGAACUGAUGGGACGACUGCCUGACGAAAUGCCGGAGGAGGAGAAAAUCAAAGGCAAAGUCGAGCAAAUAUUUCAGAAAAUGGACAUAAAUCGUGAUGGAGUUGUUACACUGGAAGAAUUCCUGGAGGCGUGUCGAAACGAUGAGGCUAUUUCGAGUUCUAUGUCGGUGUUUGAUACAGCAUUCUGACCAUAUCCAAUGGACGCA